AUGGGAUCUACCCAGAGGGGCACAGUCUAUCAGGUGGUCAAGACAAAUAAAGUUGGGUCCAAAGUAGCAGUUUCACCACAUAGAGGGGCUGAGGUUAGUAACACAAUCCCUCACCGGGGACAUGGGUACGUUGUUGCCUCGAGCCAGCGAGGUGCUGCCAUGUCUGUGAGCGCUCCUUCCCAUCGAAAGCCAGAAGCUGUGCAGCCCAGCACAUCAGACUAUCCUCGACCUCUCUCCCCCCAGUCAGGGCCUAGCCUUUCCUCCCCUCGGGGCACUGAGACCCGACCAAGAUCAGAAGCACACCACCAAACCUCUCCUCACCGAAAGAGCCAGCAAACUCAGACAGCAGCGGCAGCUUCCCACAGUGUUCCCACACAGUGGAAUGUUAGUUUACCUAGGGAGGAAGCGACACGAAAAAGUAUGUCUCCUGCAGGGCGUGAGAACAGCUAUCGCACCUCAUUAUCUGCAGAUGCCAGAGCCACUCGCCGGUUGAGUUUUCUAGACCAAAAGGAUAACUCAGAAGUCUUACAAGAGCAAGAACCACCCUCCAAGGUCCAGAACCCACAAGGGGUCAGAGUUCCCCGUAAGAUUUCGGUUUAUCCGAAGGAUGAAGCAGUUCAAACUGACCCCAUCCGGAGGACUUUGACUGCUGCUGAUAUCAGAUCUCCAAGGAGACCCUCUAGCCCAGAACACGGCAGCAGCCGGGCCUGUGCAGAGCCUCGGACAGCCCAGAGAAGGAUCCCCGGCCAAGAGUCUGAAGCGGGUCCUCGCAGCUCAAUUUAUGCAGAAGCCAAGCCCUUGCAUAGGAAUGCAAACUUGGAAUCAUCCCUCAAAGUUUCUGUCCUUAGAGAUUUGGAUGGCAGUCACCGAGUUUCUGUGCGUACAGAGCCUGAGCUGGCCCACAAGUAUUCUGUCUAUGCGGAACCUAAGACUUCUACAAAGGUCUUAAUGUCAUCGGAGGUGGAGUCCAACACGAAGUCCUCAAUCAGAGGAGACGGCGAGUCCGGCCGCAGGGUCACCAUCUCCCCAGGGGGACAGGCAGUACAGACAACUCAACGCACAACAUUUCGAGCAGUGCCUGAGAGCUCCCACAAAUCUUCCAUCUUUGUGACUCCAGAGACUGUCUAUAAGCAGCACAUCCAAAGACCCCCAGAAACUGUCCACACAUCUGCAGGACCUGCCCGAAAACCCUCUGUCCACGUGGAAUUGGAACUGACCCCUCGGCCCUUACCCCCUCGAUCCUUACCUAGGUACGGGCCUGACUCCUCAUGGUGGGCCUUACUCAAUCCUGAAGUUGAAUUGCCCCAAAGCCGGCCAACAACACCUGAUUUUGAGCCUAAGUCCCCUGUUCCCGUAGACUCUUUUUUGUCCUUUUUUGAAAUGGACUCAAAUCCUUUCUGUGAGGAUCUGAUGUUCCAGAGAGAGAAGGCAAGUCCAUCACCACCACCACCACCACCCGCACCACCACCACCAGCAAAGGAGUCUCCAAACCAGGCACCACUGAGGGAAGUGCCACAGGCCCCCAAGCACACCUCCAAACAACCCAUUCAAAGGUUUAGUGCUUUCUUCUUGGAUGUCUCUGAGGAAAUGUACAAUCGUGUCAUCUGGUGGCUAAAAGGUCUGUGAUUUUCUCUCCUUAGGGCCUGUUGUGGGGGGUUGGGGUGGGGAAGAGGGGACGAGGAGCCGAGCCACCCACCCAAUCCUGAGCGACUCUGGAUACCCCGCGCCUCGGAGGUCUCCGGGUGCAAGCCCAGUCCCCGGGCCAGGGCCGCCCCCUGCCUGUUCCGCGCCUGCCCCCGCGCCGCGGAAAUGCAGGCCCCGCCCCGGACCGCUGGGCCCCUCCUCCGGCCGGUACGCACUUGGGGCCGCGGGCUGGGGCCGGCUGUGCUGCGAGCCAUGGUAAGGCGGACGGGCGCGGGGCAGGAUCCGGGCACGCAGGGCCCGCUGCUCCCCGGCGAGUCCGUGGGGACCUGGGGCGCCGCAGCCCCGGCUCUGCGGGGCGGGGGGCGCUGUCACCGGAUCCGGGAACAGGCAGGCACUGCGGGCUGGCGCCGCUGCGUCGCCGCUCCCAAGUUUCUCCCUCUGGUCGGAGCAGCGACCAAGCGGGCCCCGACCCGACCCCCAGGGUGCUGCCUGCGUUCUCGGACGAAGGGGUAG